AUGCGUAUCUUUCAGAACGAGAUGACCGUCUCCCUCUUCCUCAUCUUGACUUUGGCAAUACAAGCGAGGAAGAACCACGACAUACCUGAUGGAUAUGAAGAUGAUGGUGGAGAGUAUGAUGCGAGCUCAGAUUCUGAGGACAAUGACUUGGGAUCAGGAUCGGGAUAUGCUACGAAUGGGUCAGACGAUCAUGGUGAUAUGGGGUAUACAGGUUCAAGUGAGAAUGAUGGUUAUCAAAAUGGGAUAAAAUGGAUUUCACCUUCUUCGGGAGAUAUAUUACCGUCAGGUCAAGCAUUAACUGUUACCUGGAGUUCACCUCAACCGAUCUAUUCACCUUCAUUCUCACUGUGCACUUCUACUUCCAGUACAUCCACGGCAGCAGAUUGCGGCAAUGAGAGCUGGCCUAACGUGAAGGAUAAUGAAGAUGGGACUUAUUCUGCUAUUGUGAUAAUGCCGGUCAUCUCGCAAUCUAUCGAAAAACUGUAUCUUUCAAUGAAUAAUCCAACGAAUAAAGGAAGGACGUUCAACUCCCCUGUCUUUGGUGUGGAAGGAGAUAGUGGUGUACCUAAUGCAUACGUCGCUUCCCCCCUUAAUCCUACCACCGCUGUGAUCCCUACGUCCAUGCCUACUGCCAGUUCCCCUUCUCUCACCGAUGCGAUAGGUGAUGAGCUUGCUGGGACUGGGACUGCUUCAGCAACGAUCCCAGUAUUUACAAGUCCCCUGACACUGAGUAGUACAGUUGCCAUACCCAUCUCUGGCAGUACGGUCAAAGUUAAGCCCACUGUGAUGAAAAGUAUAGCAACCUCUAUUACGCCCACAAUCAUGGCAACACCGACCAUUUACUCAAACACGCCAACAAUCCAAGCUCCUCUCCAAGCUACCUAUUCCUACCCUUACUCUUACACCCAGCCCCCCCAACUCAGUGCCAAUGCUAAUGCCAACCCCAAUGCAAACAACAUGACCGCGAACGAACAACCUAGUAAACCCAAUAUCAAAGCUAUCGCCUUACCUAUAUCGAUAUGCGGAUUGAUCCUCAUCGCCGCAUUGAUAUUUUGCGCCAGAUCUAGGGUAUUCCGAAAGACGGGAUUGGGGAAGGACGUGGAGAAUGACUGGCAGAGUGUUAUCAAAGAGAAAGCUGCAGCCGCUUCUUCCCUUGCUGUUGCUCCUUCGGGAUCCAAAGGAGGAGUGGAAGUGAGAGAAAGAAAAGAGGUUGUAGCAGACGGGAUAGGGGUUGUGCCUAUUUUGGGAUAUAGGGGAAGACAAUAUUCACGCGAAUAUGAGAAUGGGAGGAGUUUGAGUAGGGAAGAGAGAUUUACGCAAGUACCUAAGGUGGAUUAUGAGAGAAGAGGAAGUAGGAACCAACGAUUUAUGUAUGAUGAAAGAGAUAGAGGAGGGGGAAGGGAUAGAAGGCAUAAGCAUAGACAUAGAGAACGAAGAGAACGGGAGAUAGAACGAGAACGAGAUGAGUCGUAUUACACUUACCCCUCAGACAGAUCCAGAAGGUCUUCUGCUCGCGAUGACUACGAUAAUUUUAGUGGGAGAUCGAGAGGAUAUUAUUCGACUAAUCGACGAUCAUCAGGUGGGAUAGGAGGUAUAUACGAUCGAGAAUACCCAUAUGAGCAAUCAUCAAGCUCGUACGGCAAAUCGUCAUGUGGUAGACCAUCAAUAGCACCUAGAGAAUCGUAUUGUGCUCCUCUGUCCAACCCUUAUGAUCCACCUACACCUACCAAAAGAACGAGUAGACCUUUACCUGAACCUAUCAUUCGAUCAUCUACUAAUUCAUUUGCACGAUCGAAUAUGUACGACCAUCACCUCCAGGAGGAAGUCAUGAUGCCUCGUCAGAAGACACUGCCUCAUCUAAGUGGCGGACUGAGAGAUGAUAGGGAUUUACCAUCGAACGUUGGUGGAGGUGGAGGACGGGAAAGGAGAGGAAGAGGGGAGAGCGGAAGAGAAAGAGAGUUUGAGAGCGAUACGGAAGCCGGAUGGGAGAUGGAUCUAGCUAAUCAAGGGAGAUAUUUUACUGGAGAAGAAGGGAUGGGGGAGUUGUAUGAGAGUUUGAGAAGAGCCAUUCAGAGGGGAUAG